AUGGCGGAGGGCCGAAGCGUCGUACAGCGGGUGCAGGAACUGAAAGAGCGCCUGGGCUGCGCAGAGGAGCCCGCGGAGGUACCUACCCAGCGACCACGCCAGUUCCGGACAAGCGAGGGGCAUUGGGGCCUGCCCCGGUCUCCUAACGUAGAGCGCAUACGUUUGCACGUUUCGUGUAACGCAGCAGCGGUGCAAGGGGCCUCCAGCGGGCGAAGCACUGGCGAGAUCCGGGCCCGUAGAGUCCCCUUCCACCGCGGUGCUGGGCUACCGAGGGCAAAACUCUGCGUGAGACUACAGUCCUGUGUCUCCAUUGUAUUGCCCUCCCUUGUCAUGACCGGAGCAGGGGCUAAAGGAGGGCUGGGUGGAGGUCAGAUAACAGGCCCUUAUUUCGCCGGGUGGAUUAUAAAAACUCUUAAGAUACUACAGGAUUUAGAUAUAUCACUGCGUGUUCUAGUGGAAACUGGCAUAGGCAAAACAGUUAACAGUUUUAGGAAACAUGCCACUGCUGGCAACAUAGCUAAAACCCUGGUAAAACAAUGGAAAAAACUUACUGCUUCAGAAAAUCAAAGUGCUCACAGAGGAAGAAAACAAAAUACCGAAAAAGAUGAGGCAAAAUCUUCUGUUUCUGAGGAGACCAAACCUUCAGGGAAGUCCAAAAUGUCUGUACUGGUGUCCAGAAGCUCCAAUAGUGCUCCCAUUUCUAAAAAGUUGGAUAAGCAGCAUACUUGUAGUGGAAAGACCCAACAAAGCAGAGAUGUCGUUGAAAAGACCCACCAGAGCAGAGCUUUUGAGUCUUUCCAAAAAUCUGGUAGCAGUGGUUCUGAUCGUGCUUUCCAGGGUAGCAAUCCUCAAGCUAAAAAAAGUGACUUCAAAGAGAAAGUCAGCAAGAAAGUUUCAGCAAAGCAGUGUUCCUCUGUCGUCAAAGACUUUUCACUCCUGAAGGAAAAGCCUAGUAAGGGUGUUUCCAAACAGAUAAAUCCUAAGCAUCUGAAGAAACCAAAACAAAAUCUUGUAAUAAAAAGAAAAGCUGAAUUAUCUAGUGAUGAGGAAUUUGAGCCUCCUACUAUGUCUUUUGAAUCUUAUCUUAAUUACGAUCAGGUCCCUGCAAAAAGAAAGAAGAAGGCUUGUUCUACAGGCCGGCAGCCAAAGAAGUGCAAUAAACAGAAGAGCAGCUCGUUAUUACAAAAGGCUUCAGCAUUUUCUCAUGCAAACAAGGGAGAGAAAGAUGUGAAAACAAGUGAAGGUGAUCAAUCAGAAACUCCCAAUAAAAAGGCCAAGAUGGCAUCCCUCCAAGAUCUUCUUAAUACUCCACUGCCUAAAUUUCUGACAGGCAUCUCAAUCUCAUCUCCCCCAUAUGCUGCAGACUUUGAAAAACCUGUUGAAGAAGCACCUGAGAAAGUCAGAGAGGCUGUUCAAUUCACAGGACAGAGACUGAACUCCAAAAUGCAAGUUUACUCUGGCCCUAAAACAGUCCAUCUUUCAAAGAUGCUUACGCUGUAUGAACAGUGCAUCCGUGUGCUUCAAAAUAACAUUGACUCGCUACAUGAAGUAGGAGGUGUGCCUUUUGAAAUUCUUGAGCCUGUGCUAACACGUUGCACACCAGAGCAGUUGUUUCGAAUAGAGGAGUGUAAUCCGACAUUUGCAGAAGAGUCUGACCUCUUGUGGAAGAAACACUGCCAGAGAGAUUUUAAAAAUGAAAGCCUCCUGGAAUGUGAGUCUUGGCGUGAAAUGUACUCAAGACUCUUUAAUCGGAGAGAAGAAAAACUGAAGACUCUUACAAAAAACAUUAUUUCAGCUCAGUCUGAGAAACUAAAAGGCAGGCAAGUAAUAAUGGCUUAUGUGACCAGUGCAGCAAAACCACCCAGGAACAUUCGGCGACAGCAAGAAACGCAUAGGACUGCAGGACCUGUCACACAACUUCAUCCCAGAGAAAAGAGCAAAAGAAGGAUUUCAGAAAGCAGAGAUGUAACUAACACAUCAGCUCCGAUUGCUGGUAGCAACUGUGGAAGCUCUAGCUCAAGCAUGAUGACUCAAGAUGAAAAGAAGCCUAUGAAAAAAGUUGGACCAAUCAUGAAGAAAACUUUGAAAGCAUUGAAGAGUAAAGCUGGACGACGAUAAAAUGUGGCUGCGUAUUUGAAGCUUAUGCAACU